GCACGGGCCUCCUUCGUGGACGAGUCGCUGUUCGGGCGCCCCGCGGGGGCCCGCCCGCCGCCGCCCGCCUUCGCACCGCCCUGGGCGGCUCCCCCGGCUCCCGCUGCCGGCGGCCCCCGGCCGAGGAGUCAGUGCAGGUCCCGAAGCCACGCUCCGUCCUUCUGCGACGAGUCCCUGUUCGGUGCCAAGCCCCAGGGUGCCGCUUGGGCAGCUCCGUGGAUGAGGAAACAAGACAUAGCCAAGCUCCAUACGCUGCUCUGGAGCCCCCCGCCCGCCCCUCGAAACCAGCCCGGCCUUUCCCCCCGCUCCAGGGGGACACCCCUGAGAGCUUUGCACCCGCCAGCCUCUGCCCCUCCGGCCACAGCGGGCUCAGAGCCCGGCCACAGGGGCAAGUCCGGGGGCUGGAAGUGUCCCGAGAGCAAUCCUUGCCCCGAAGGCUGGGGACCUCCUGUCAGAGGACGUUCCCAGUCUGUCAGCCGGCUCAGCGCCCCCUUGGAAAGGCUUCACCUGGCUUCAGACAACCUCGGGACAGAAAAGUGGAAAAACCAGAGUGCUCCGACAACCCCUGCCUCCUCCGGAGGCCCUCUGAUGAGGGGCAGGUCCAAAAGCUUGUCCGGACCUCCUGUGGGCAGGAAUGGCAAGGCAGCAGGUGGCUGCAAGCCCAGACCACCCUGGAAGUGAUGCCAAAUGUCCCUCUGGAUGUACAUAACAGCCCUAGAACUACCUGAGACCUCCCAGUGACCAAGUUUGUGAGGACCCUGCGCUUUUCUGUGGCUGGAAACAAAGGAUGGGGCUGUUCCAUGCUGGGGGACAAGCCAGGAGCUGGAGGGCAGUGGAGGGCACAACCCCACAGUACCAGAGUGGGGUGGCCUUGGUGGGAACAGCCACUUCCAUCGAUGUCCAGUUGUCAUCAGAUGAGGUGUGGUAACGAGUCGGGUUCCUGCUGUCUGCGAAGUCCAGCUGGGAAGUCAGAGAAGCAGGAGACAGGAGUGCCCACAGGGUAGUCCAAGGCCCAUCCAGGAGAAGGAGCACGCACAGGUACUGGGAGGCUGCUUUUAGCCCCCCCCAAAACAUUCCCUUCUCCAGAGAAGGAGCCCCAUUCCCUCUGCCUCCGUGCACAGGACGUGUGCUCCAGCCCCGAUGGCCUUGGUGUCUCCCUGCUGUCCUUGCUCCGUGUCAUCGACACUUUAAGGUCUCCUCUGGCAAGUUUGGAGAAAGGAGGACGAGUUUGGAGAUGAGGAAUGGCAUCACCCUGCAUCCUGCUGGUGGUGAGAUGGCCCCAGGCUGGGUGGGGUUUGUGACAGAGGAGGACCAGCUGCAGGGAUUUUGGCAGCUCAUGGUGAUGAGCUGCUGAGUGGACACGUAACCCUAUGGCUUGUGCUGAGGGUUGUUCACAGCAGUGCCAUGCUGUCACCAAAUAAACGAUCCAA